CCCUGACUGUGCAAACCGAGCGCACCCGCUGACAUCUUCCAAACAGUGUUGGUUUCUAGUAGCAACGCCUGCCAAACAGAAGAGAAGAAAGAUGGUCCUGAUCACAGAAGACAUGGUACGACGUCGGGCAGAGCAUAACAACUGCGAGAUCCUUUCCUUAGAGGAGGUGUCUUUGCAUCAACAAGAUAUUGAGAAAAUAGAGCUUAUUGAUAAGUGGUGCAGGGACCUCAAAAUUCUGUAUCUUCAAAACAAUCUCAUUCCCAGAAUAGAAAAUGUAUACAGAUUGAAAAAGUUGGAGUAUCUAAACCUUGCUUUGAACAACGUUGAACUGAUCGAAAACCUGGAAGGAUGUGAGAGUCUCCAGAAGCUGGACCUGACAGUGAAUUUCGUGGGCCGGUUGAGCAGUGUGGAGUCAUUGAAGAACAACCUCCAUCUCCGAGAGCUUUUCCUGGUGGGGAACCCCUGCACUGAGUUUGAGGGCUACAGGCAAUACGUUGUGGCUUCACUGCCCCAACUGAAGUAUCUGGAUGGGAAAGAGAUUGGCAGGUCGGAAAGGAUCCGAGCCAGACAAGGCCUAGAUGAGGUAAGGAGGCGGAUUCGGCAGCAGGAGCAGGAUUACCUGCAGAAGAGAGCGAGUGAGAAAGAGGAGGCCCAGAGAGAGGGAGGAGAGGUGCAGCGGGCGCUGAAAAGGGAAAGCCGCUCCUCUGUUAAAGCGAAGAAUCCUGGCUUUGAUGGUCGCUGGUACACUGACAUCAACAACACCAUCCCUGUGCAUGAAGAAAACAAGGAGAUCCAAGGGAGAGAGGAGAAGGAGAAGACAAGCUGCCUUUCUUCAGAAGACCAGGAGAGGGAGUUUUGGGAGAAACCUUGUGCCUAUACUCCAGAGUCACGCCUGGAGGCUCACCGCCACCUUGACGAGAAGAAAAAGGCAAAAGAAAGGAAGGCUGUGAAGACGCCCGAGGCCCCGAGGACUCUGAUCACACCCCAUGGACGGGUGAUGAAUGUCAAUGAACCCAAGCUGGAUUUCAAUCUCACAGAAGACGGGGACAAUAACACCAUCGUCUUGGAUCUGGAAGUCUACAGGCAUAUGGACACUUCCCUGAUGGAUGUCGAUGUUCAACCAACGUACGUCCGAGUGACCGUCAAAGGAAAGAUUUUUCAGCUGGUGCUGCCCGCAGAAGUGAGGCCUGACAGCUCGACAGCGAAGAGGUCCCAAAUCACCGGCCACUUAGUCCUCACAAUGCCAAAGGCUCAGGGUGAAAUCAAAAUGGCAACCCCUCAUCCUCCCAAAGUUUCUCAAAGCAGCAACACACCUGAAGAGAAGACAAGGAAAGGUAACAACCGGCAGAGGUUGGAGGUGAAUCCCAGUAAACACUCAGGGGUCGACUUGGCCAACAUUGUCCCACGAGAGAACAGGGCUGGAGAGCAGACCAUCUUUUAUGAUAACUUUGUGGACGACCCAGACGUUCCCCCUUUGAUGUGAGAGUGAAUAUCUCAAAUCGGUCUGACAAAUUUGUGAACACACAAAUCUUCAUAUCAUCUGACAUCAAUGUAAAAAAAUAUAUUUAAUACAUUAAAUGCAAGAUUUGUCUAUCCAGCAGAUCUUUUUGAAUGUUGUGCAAGUGAGAGAUGCUCAUAGAUGUCAGUAUAUCAUUGUGUAUUGUUAUGAUGGUCAUAGAAACCCUCCUGAACGUGUGUUUAGUUACUCUGUGGUCCAUUUUUAUUUGAACUGAGUUAUAUCCUUUCCUGUUUACAUUGGUGAUGUUCCCCACAUAAAAAAAUAAUAUAGUUUAGUACACACUGUAGUAUCUCUCCAUUUAUUUGUAGUACUUACUGUAGAAUAGUGUAGUAUACUGUAGAAUACUUUAUUAAAUACUACUGUAUUAUCUGCAUACAAAAAAACACUAUAGUAAAUACUACAUUAUUUAGUUUGUAUAUACCCUGCCCAUUCCCGUCCCCCAUAUCGCAAUUUGUGCCACCCAUGAGUAAGAAACCUACACACCAAGUAUUGUGUUCCAGGCAGAUUGUAGAAAAGAGCAGAAGUGCUGUUCAGAGUCCAGGUUACAUGUUAUCAAAAAUGUGUUUUUGUUAUUUCUCCAGUAGGUUUUCUAAAGGAGAAAGCCUCUACUUCUACAGUAUGUUAAAGAUAAAACAAAAACACUACAGUAAAUACUACAGUAUACUACAAUCUGCAAAAACAUGACAUUAAUUACUAUAGUAUAUACUACAGUUUUCUUUUACUACAGUAUUUAUACUAUAGUUAACUGGAAAUACUAUAGAAAACUACAGUAAAGUCAGCAAAAACACUAUAGUAAAUACUAUAUUAUUUAUACCAUAGUAGUACACAGUGCAUUCGGAAAAGUAUUCAGACCAAUUCACUUUUCACAUAAAAAAAAAAAAAUGUAAGCCUAAUUCUAAAAACUCAUCAAUCUGCACUCAAUGCCCCAUAAAAAAAAAAAACAGAAAUACCUUAUUUACAUAAGUAUUCAAGCCCUUUGCUAUGAGACUCGAAAUUGAGAUCAGGUGCAUCCUGUAUCUAUUGAUCAUCCUUGUUUCUACAACUUGAUUUAAGUCCACCUGUGGUAAAUUCAAUUGAUUGGACUCUAUUUGGGAAAGGCACACACCUGUCUAUAUAAAGGUCCCACCGUUGACAGUUUAUGUCAGAGCAAAAACCAAGCCAUGAGGUCAUAGGAAUUGUCCGUAGAGCUCCAAGAUAGGAUUGUGUCGAGGCACAGAUCUGGAGAAGGGUACCAAAAAAAAUCUGCAGCAUUGAAGGUCCCCAAGAACACAGUGGCCUCCAUCAUUCUUUAAUGGAAGAAGAUUGGAACCACCAAGACUGGCCAAACUGGCCAAAACUGAGCAAUCGAAGGAUAAGGGCCUUGGUCAGGGAGGUGUUGUCCUUCUGGAAGAUUCUCCCAUCUCUGCAGCACUCCACCAAUCAGGCCUUUUUGGUAGUGGUUAGACGGAAGCAACUAAAAUGCACAUGACAGCCUGCUUAGAGUUAGCCAAAAGGCACCUAAAGGACUCUCAGACCAUGAGAAACAAGCUUCUCUGGUUUUGACGAAAUCAAGAUUGAAUUCCAAGCAUGGCAGCAUCAUGCUGUGAGGAUGUUUUUCAGCGGCAGGGAAUGGGAGACUAGUCAGGAUCGAGGGAAAGAUGAAUGGAGCAAAGUACAGAGAGAUCCUUGAAUAAAACCUGCUCCAUAGUAUUCAGGACCUCAGACUGGGGCGAAUGUUCACCUUCCAGCAGUACAACAACCCUAAGCACACAGCCAAGACAAUGCAGGAGUCGCUUCGGGACAAGUCUCCGAAUGUCCUUGAGUGGCCCAGCCAGUGCCCAGACUUCAACCUGAUCGAUCAUCUCUGGAGACACCUGGAAAUAGCUGUGCAUUAACGCUCUCCAUCCAACCUGGCAGAGCUUGAGAGGAUCUGCAGAGAAGAAUGGGAGAAACUCCCCAAAUACAGGUGUGCCAAACUUAUAGUGUCACACCUUUGGCAGCUGUAAUUGCUGCCAAAGCUGCAUCUACAAAGUACUGAGUAAAAAUGUAUAGAAACCUGUUUUUGCUUUGUCAUAAUGGGGUAUUGUGUGUAGAUUGAUGAGGGGGGGAAACAAUUGAAUCAAUUUUAGAAUAAGGCUGUAACGUAACAAAAUGUGGAACAAGUCAAGGGGUUGGAAUACUUUUCCGAGUGCACUGCACUAUAGUAUUGUUUCAUGUGAUCCAUCCCUCAGUUGCCUACAAAAGCACAUUUUUCUUCACAGUGAAUGCUGUCCAAAGUAAAUCAAGAUUUUCGGGGGAUUUAUUUUGUUCCUCUGUAACCCCAAUAAAGUCCCUCUUUUCUUUUA